AAACAGCACACUAGUUCUAACUCGAAAUAUCUUAUUCCUUCUUAACUUUAACACAAAAAUGAAAAUAUAUGCACAAUACUGUCAAAAUAUGUUGAAUUUGGCAUCAGGUAACAUUUAGAUUACUGAGUAACUCGACUGGAUAUUAAUUAGAUUAGUUAUGAAUAUUAAUUAAGUUAGACACAAGAGUAGGUCCUAUACGAAUCUAGAGAAAAAACAGACGACAACUUUUGUGAUUUGAGACGAAAGAGAACUUAGGUAUUGACGGAAAUGGUUGUGAAAAACUGCUGUCGACCAUCACUGCUGAUCGUGGUCCAUGUUUUAGUAUGGAGAUUUGCGGCAGCCACAAGUCGACCACACAUCAUCCUCAUUGUGGCUGAUGACUUGGGUUACAAUGAUGUCAGUUUCCAUGGAUCAAACCAGAUCCCUACUCCUAACAUAGACAAUCUGGCUUACGGAGGAAUCAUAUUAAAUAAUUACUAUGUGUCCCCCAUUUGUACCCCGACUCGUGGGGCCUUGAUGACGGGCAGACACCCCAUUCAAACAGGUCUACAGUCAGGAGUAAUAGUUGCUUCCCAGCCUUAUGGACUACCAUUGAAUGAAACCAUAAUGCCCCAGCACUUCAAGAGAUUGGGCUACAGACGACACAUGGUUGGCAAGUGGCAUCUUGGAUUUCACAAGAGAGAGUUUACUCCUUUAUACAGAGGCUUUGAAUCCCACUAUGGGUAUUAUUUAGGUUGUGGGGACUACUAUGACCAUACAUCAGAGGCCAAUGAGGAAUAUUUUGGGUUUGACUUUUGGAGAAACUCGACUGUGGAUUUCUCAGGAAUUGGUCAGUACUCCACAGACCUCUUCAGACAAGAAGCCAAUACCAUUAUACAGAAACAUGAUACAUCUGAACCUUUGUUUCUUUACCUGCCUUUCCAAGCAGUCCACAGUGGCAAUCUUCCUAGUGGUAAAAAUCUGCAAGCCCCAACAAAAUACAUCAAGAAAUUUACUCACAUACAAAACAAGGAAAGACAAACAUAUGCCGCCAUGGUGUCUGCCUUGGAUGACGCUGUUGGAUCCAUUGUGCAAACAUUAAAAGACAGAAAGAUGUAUAGCAACUCCAUCAUUGUCUUUACAACAGACAACGGGGGGCCGGCCAACGGGUUUGAUGGCAAUGCUGCCAGCAACUUUCCUUUAAGAGGUGUCAAGGCCACAUUAUGGGAGGGGGGAGUACGCGGGGUUGGGUUCGUAUCUAGUCCACUGUUAAAGACCAAAGGCUACACAUCCAACCAACUGAUUCACGUCACGGACUGGUUACCCACCCUAUACACAGCAGCUGGAGGCCGAGCAGGAGACCUAAAGAAACUGUACGGGGUAGACCAGUGGCAAGUACUGCAGACCAAUGGCAAGCCAGUCAGGGAUGAAAUGCUGCAUAACAUUGAUCCUCUGGGCAAAAGUGGAGCCAUACGGGUGGGGGAAUAUAAACUCAUAUACGGACAUGUGAUGGGGUGGGAUGGUUGGUAUCCCCCUUACCAACUCCCUGAAAAUUCUAAAAGCCAGAACAUUUAUACUGCAACACUGGAAAAUUCUCAACACCACAACAGUACUAAACUAGAGCAGGAAAUGGAGGUCGGACAUCGGUCAUUGGACCGAGGUACACCAGUAACUGUUCAGUGUGGGUCCAAGCCGGCCAAUGCCAGCACGAACUGUCAGGCAAACAAAGUGCCUUGUCUUUAUCAUAUACUAUCAGAUCCAUGUGAGUAUAAUAACAUAGCAGCAGAUCAUAUGGACAUCGUUUCCAAACUGAUGGACAAGAUUAAAGAGUAUCGGAUCACUAUGAUGGUACCCCCCGGAAAUAAACCUGCAGAUCCUGCCGGAAACCCACGUCUACAUGGUGGUAUAUGGAAACCUUGGCUAGACUAGCUGCAUAUGAAUAUCUGGAGUGGGGUUAUAAAAUGGGAUUUUGGUACUGUAGAAAACAGAAGUUUUUAAUUUAACACAUUCGUGGAUAUUUUUGUAUGGGUUUUAUGAAAUUACUAUUUUUGUAUUCACACAUAUAUACAGAGUACACUACAGUACGUUAUAAACAAUGCAUUUGUUAUGUGUAAUUGUUAAUUUUGUUAUAUCUGUGCUACAUUUAUUAUGUGUAAUUGUUAAUUUUGUUAUAUCUGUGCUACAUUUAUUAUGUGUAAUUGUUAAUUUUGUUAUAUCUGUGCUACAUUUAAAUUCUCCACACACUCAUGUUAUGUAUCACAUGUCCAUCAUGUUUAUAAUGACCAUCUUAAAUGCAAUAUUAUUUUAGCUCAAGUGAGCUUUUCUGAUUGAAGUCUAUCCAUUUGUCUGUUGUCUGGAUGUAAACUCUUCACAUUUUCUACUUUUCAAGAAUUACAGGGCCAACUCAAUCAAUAGGUAUAAUGAAGGGCAAUGCCCCUUUCAGACGGGAAGUAAAUGUAGUUUAGGCCACACCAAUUUGUAAAAUAGUUCUUCGGAUUUUCAAACAAAAAAAAGUGAGGCGAGAGGGCGAAAUUAUUUUGCAAAUAUUAUUUUUUAUUUUGGAGAUAAAAAUUAUGAGGCGAGCGAAUACAAGAAAUAUAAAUAAUUUUAUUUGAAUUAAGUGUGAUUUUAAAAAGCGAGCGCUUAAAAAUAAAGAUCUAAAAUCAUCAGAUAUCAUGUUUACCACGUGAACUUAACAUUUUUCAACUUUGUUGAUAUAGUUUACAAUAAAUAAGAAGUAUUUCAGAUUUCAAAGACUUCAUACCUAAUACAUGUACUCUUUCGAUUCAGAUCUAAGCAUAUUGCUAAGGACAUGUCCAAUUUUGAAAUCUCCAAUGUAUCGCUUUUAGUAUUUUCUUGAAAUUUUAAUAAAACACACAUAAUUAAUAAUCACCAAAAACCUUUUGUGAAUUUGUCGUUAACUGUCGAUCCGAUUUAGAAAAGUCCUCAGUACCCCUUGCUUGUCGUAAGAGGCGACUAAAUGGGGUGGUCCUUCGGAUGAGACCGCAAAAACUGAGACCCAUGUCACAGCAAGUGUGCCGCGAUAAAGAUCCCAUCCUGCUCAAUGGCCAUAAGCGCUGAGCUUAGGCCUAAAUUUUUGCAGCCCUUCACCGCCAAUGGUAACGUCUUCAUGCAAGAGAAAUAUUCUCAGGAGAUACUUUAAACAAAAUAUAAUCAAUCAAUCGUACGCUGUCGAUGUUCUCUAAAGAGUGGCAUCGAAUAGCGCUUCAAAAUUUUCUUCGGCUUCCAGUUCGAUUGCAUUAUAAGGAACAACUUCCAAUCCAGUGUUAUGAAGUAUCGUAAAUGUUAAGAUAGAUAUCAUGAAUAACUUAAAACACCGUAUUAUACUGCUAGGAAAUUUUUUCGAGAGCCCGCGAUUCUGUCAUUUGUCAGUCACAUGCAUCAAGGUCGUUUGUGCGCUUGUUGUAAAAAGUCGAAAAUAUUUUACGCAGAUAUUUUUGGACACGCGGGCGGAUAUUAUUUUUUGAUAGUAUUAUAAUUUGGAUGUAUUACAAAUAGAAGCGGCGAAUCCGACGAACUAGAUUGCAAAUUGGCAUGGCCUUAAAAAGAAGUAAUAAAAAUAGGGUAGAAUUUUAAGGAGUUUCUCAAGAACCACCUUAACUUGCAUUGAAGCUUCCUUGAAUAGUUAAGGUUCAUAUAUGUUGAAAACAUGAUCCUUAACACCAAUGCAAGGGUUUUAUGGCUUACAUAUAAUACCAGGUAUACAAGUUAUUUAAAAAAUUUCUCUCAUGAGCCAUAGGAUGCAUAAUAGUAUGCAAGUAUGCUUUAUAUGUAAUGUAGAUUCAAGUUGUUGUCUUGGGGAGAGGUCUCAAAUAGGCUUACCCUGACGAUAAUUUGUAUUCAAUAUACAUACAUUGUAUACACAUGUGUAUUUAUAUAUGUUGAAUAUGAUAAGCAUAAUUAAAUGUGGAAUAAAAUAUUGUUUAAGGGACAACUAGAGGGAUUACAAUUUUAUUGGAAUAUAAAGGAAGCUUCUUUAAUAAAUAAUUUUCUCAAGAAUUGAAAAUGUUUAAAAAGUCAAAUGUAUAUGCAAACAUAUUGUGAACAUUCAAGAUUUUUUACCGCCAGAAUCUUGACAGGAACACACAAAGGGUUCAAAAGUUGACAUCGGAAUAUUUUUUUUAACUCAUCUUGAGAACCAAGUGUACAACUAGUCCAAAUCUUUAUGUUAGUAAAGACAUGUUUGUUCAAAUCAUUAAAUCUGGGUUAGGGGCAGGGCCACAGUAGGGGCUCAAUGUUUAUACAUCAAAGAUAUAUUGGGGGGGAUUCUCAAGAAUCACAGGGGCACAAUAUGUCAAAAUAUGCAAAGAUUCCUUUUGUAGUGUAGAUUUAAAUUUGUUCAUACCAUGCUCCAUGUGGCCCAGGCGGAUGAUUUAAUGUUGGGAGAAAUGCUGCUGGUCAGGAGAAUGAUGUCAACCUUCGCCUGUUUGUUUUGUUCGGAGUUUUUCUGGUUGAAGAUCUAGUCAGGAGAGCAAUGCGAUUCUUCAGCUGUUUGUUUUGUUCGGAGCUUUUCUGGUUGAAGAUCUAGUCAGGAGAGCAAUGCGAUUCUUCAGCUGUUUGUUUUGUUCGGAGCUUUUCUGGUUGAAGAUCUAGUCAGGAGAGCAAUGCGAUUCUUCAGCUGUUUGUUUUGUUCGGAGCUUUUCUGGUUGAAGAUCUAGUCAGGAGAGCAAUGCGAUUCUUCAGCUGUUUGUUUUGUUUGGGUUUUUUCUGGUGUCUUUCAUACAUGUCCUCAUCAAUAUAUUUCAUGCAUAAUUGCUGCCAUUCAUGAACAAAAUGAAGUGCUUUAUAUCUGUUGACCAUGGUUGUUAGUUACUAUGUAUUUAAUAAAUGUGCAAUGUACUAUAGGUAGGAUAUUUAUAUUAAAUUUGUUAUUUUAAAGCAUUAAAGCAAUGUCUUAUCUCGA